GAGCGCUUGAAGCAGCUUUCGGGAGCCUCGGUCCCGCCUCAUCAACAUGCUCGCAUCCGCCCUCCUCCUGUCUGCGCCCGCUGCGGCAGCCACGCCUUCGAACGCCCGCGUGUGGGCCACCGACGCGCUCAUGGGCGCCGUCGAAGCCGGCCUGAAGCCCGUCAUCGCCGACGUGGUCUGCGGGAUCCCGAUGGAUAAGCUGCUCGGCCACGAGUCUAUCGAGGAGGGCCCGGUCGCUAUCGACGUCAAGUCCUUUGCCCUGUCGCGCUGCUCGGUCGGCGGCAUCUCCGUGCGCAACCAGCCCGACGGCCUGCUCGUCAAGGUGUCGGGCAUCUCGGCGCACGCAGAGGGCAGCUCCCUCGCCAAGCAGGCCGGCUGCACCUUCAUGUGCUACGACCCGAUGGACGCCUCCUUCUCCGCCGAGCUGUACGACUCUGAGAUCACGAUGCUCAUCUCGCUCGGCGCGGCUCGCGGCGUGCCCGAUUUGGCGGCGCGCUACGUCAACACAAACUUCCAGAUGCGCAACAUCCAGCUGCACGAAUUUAAGGGCGUCUCCCUCUUUGCAAACAUGAUCACCGGCGUCAUCGGCAAGGUGACCAACCGGAUCGCCAAGAAGAAGGUUGGCAAGGUCAUCGGCACGCUUGGCGACGUGCUUCACCACCUGCCGCUGCACCACCUGCCGCUCGGCGAGCCGCUCGCAACGGUCCUUCCCCGCGCCGGCCACCUCAUGCUCGACGCCGACGUCACCUCCAUCGGCUACAAGAAGCCCGCGUGGGUCAUCGACAUCCUCACCGUCCUCUCCUCGCCGCCGGCGGUGGGCGCGCGCUCCUAUCCUUACGCGCCGACCGCUCUCCCGAGCGCCCCGCCGGUGGAGCACCGCUCGCAGCAGCUCAUCGCCACCGUG